GAGUCCGAGCAGCCACAGCCGCGCUAGCCCGGGAAUGCGGAGCUGAUCGCGUCCCGUCCCGUCUCGUUCUGUCCCGUCCCGUCCUGUCCUGUCCCGACCACUGCCGCCGCCUACGAGCAGCUUUCCGGGAUUGCCGCAGGGAGAGCAGCCAUGAUGAGCGGGCUGCUGAAGAGGAAGUUCGACCAGCUGGAUGAGGACACCUCGGCCUCCUCCAUCUCUUCUUCCUACUCACGCUCUUGCUCUCCGACCUCGUCCUCCGAAUCCUCGGGAUGGGACUCCGACGAGGACCUCCAGCCAGCUGCCUUUGUGCCCCAGGACCUUGUCGCCCCGUCCAUCCUCAAGAAGGCCCGGCGCUCGCCAGCGGGAAGCGUGACCUUCGCCGGCGUCACCGUCUUCUACUUCCCGAGAUGCCAGGGCUUCACCAGCGUGCCCAGCCGGGGGGGCUGCACCCUGGGCAUGGUCAGGCGGCACCACAGCUGCUGCCACUUCACCCUGGAAGAGUUUGCCCAAGAGCAGGCCUGUUCCCGGAAGGAGAAGCUCCGCCUGAGGCUGAGGGAGGAGAAGCUGGAGGCUCUGAAGUGGAAGCUGAAGGCCGGCGGCACGCAGGAGGCGGAGGAGCUCCCCGCGGAGGAGGCCGACGUGGAGGUGACCGAGGAGGAGCUGGACGGCCCCUUCCUGCAGCCCUACUCGGCCCGCCAGCGCCGCAGGCUGCUCCGGGCCACGGGCGUGCGGCGGAUCGACCGCGAGGAGAAGCGGGAGCUGCAGGCCAUCCGGCUCUCGCGCGAGGACUGUGGCUGCAAGUGCCAGGACGUGUGUGACCCCGAGACCUGCAGCUGCAGCGCGGCGGGCAUCAAGUGCCAGAUGGACCACACGUCCUUCCCCUGCGGCUGCUCCAAGGAGGGCUGCGGGAACCCCGAGGGCAGGGUGGAGUUUAACCAGGCCCGGGUGCAGGCGCACGCGCUGCACACCCUCACCAGGCUCGAGCUGGAGAGCCGGCACGAGGGCUCGGGGUCCAAGCCGGAGCCGCCGCCGGGCAGCCCCGAGGGGGAGGCCGGCCCCCCGGCGCCUCCGUCCCCGGCCUUCGCCUUCUCCCUGGGCGCGGAGGUCCUGGGCGACAGCAGCUGCAGCAGCGACACGAGCGGCUCGUCGGGGCCCGGCGAGGACCCGUCCGAGGGGCUGCCCUUCGGGGGCCCUCUGAGCCCCGGCCAGCUGCCGGCCGAGGCGGACGACGACGGCCUGGCGCGGCUCCUUCGAUUCCACGACGCCGGAGGCCUGGGCGAGGAGGACGAGGAGGAGGAGGGGCCUCCGCACGGCCACGACAGCCUGGGCGGCUUCCACUCCUUGGACGUCUUUGGGGCGGCGGCCGACGGCUACCCCGGCCACGGCGCCGGCGUCGUCUCCGACUGCCUGGACGAGAACGCCAACCAGGACGCCCUGGGCUACCUGGGCGGCCCCCCCGGCCGUGCGGCCGCGGUCAGCGGGCCCUGCUGCCCCCUCCCGCCCUCGGCCGACAGCUGCAAGAGCUACACAGACCUGAGCCUGUCGUCGGCCGACUCCCUGGACCUCUUCCAGGCCUUCUCCGACUACAGCCUGGGCCCGCUCUACGCCUCGCCCAAGGACGCCGGCGGCGGGGACGCGGCGCCGCCUCAGCCCGCCUUCGCCCCCGCCGGCGACCCGGCCGCCUGCUUCCUCGAGUCCCUCAUCGGCCUCUCCGAGUCCGUCCCCGACGUGUCGGCCCCCUUCUCGGACAACCAGCUGCUGGAGGACGCCAUCAAGUCGUCGCUCAUGGAGAUGGUGAAGGUGUAGGCCGGCCCGGGCUCGGCGCAUGCGGGGACUGCGGCCGGAGCCCCCCGCGAGUCUUAUUUAAACUGACCCACCGCCCGUACCUCAGACUUUCUCACGAUACGUCCGUAUUUAUUGUCCUCGCGCCCUGAGGCGGGGCGUCCCGCUGCCCGGCCACGGAGACGGGCCGCGCACGGCUUCCUUGGACGAUGCGGCGCCCGGCGCCUCCUGGACGCUGACUCAAGCUGUACAAAGCCUUCCUAAGUUAUUUCCUGUAAUUUAUUUAGAAAUCGAUGAGUAUUUGGCCCCGGGCUCGCCGGUGUCCGUCUGUCCCACCCUCUGCCGGCGAGAGCCCGGGCGAUCUGCAGAGUCCACUGGCCGUGGAGAGAGCGGAAGCCCCUUCUGCCCGGGCCGGGGCUCCACCCUGGCAGACGGCGUGUGCCCGCAGGACAAGCUGGGGGUCGCUGCCCCUCAGACCGAGCGUCCUCCGUGCCCCCGGCUCCCUGAGGCAGCGCCCGACCCCCGAGCCUCCUGGGCCGUGCCGAGGCCGGUCUGGAGGGGCUGCUCUGGGGUCACCCCCCACAGCCCCGAUAGGUGGGACGCGGUCUUCGAUGUGCACACGGUCCAGGCAGUCUGUGGCGCAUCUUGUUUUUGUCAGAAGUCCUUGGGCCUCCCCCCACGGGCACCAGGGGCUUCUGGGAGAUCAGUCUCGCUCAGGUUCCGCUCUCUUGUAUAUAGGUUCUGAUUAUUUUGCUUAAAGGUACAAAUAAAGAAAAUGCUUUAUUUUGAACAA